GCUGCCACAGCCUCCCUGUCUUCUUCCCCCACGCGCAGCAGCACCUUCUUCCCAGCGCGCAGGGAGCUCGACUCCCUUCCUCUCCAUGGCGCCCAAGCCCUUCUUCCUCAAGCCGGCGCCCAAGCAUGCUCCCUCCCCUGCCCUUCUUCUCCCAUGGGCGCGAGCUCCACCUUCCCUGUUUUGUACGCCGCGCAGAAGCUCCUCCAUGGCAGGCGCCCAGGCGAGCUUCCCCCAUGGCGCUCGGCUCCCUGUUCCCUGGUGCCCUGUGGUCGCCCCCUUUUUCACCUGGACGCGCGCACCCCUCCUCCGGCUCGCCUCCCUUCAGGCAGGACCAGCUGCAGUUCUGCGCUCCACCUCCCUUGGCGCCCCUGCGACUUCCAUGGCCGCCAGCCCUCCCUGCGAGCUCAGCUCCUCCCCAUUCAUGGCGCCCCCUGCUCUUCCCUGCCCGGCCAGGAAACGCCCAGGCCGGGAGCGCCUUGAGCUUGUCCCUGCUCCUCUCUCUCUACCAAGCGCCCCCCUGCAAUCUUCCCCAAGCUGUCUUCCUCCUCUCCCCAACGGCGACCUCCUCUUUUCCUCUCUGUUCCAGACCGGCAUCAGGGCAGUGCGCGCAAGCUCUCCCAGCCAAGGACAACUCCAUCCCCUCCCCUGCUGCUGCUCGCCCCCUACCUCCUUUUCCCCUAGUGCGACAGCAAGGAACCCCUGUUCUGCCGGCAGCCAAGGCAUCCAAGUUCUCUGCGCAGCGAUGCCGGUCCAAAACAGCAGCCUCGGAUCCCCUCCGCAUCGCGUGCUUCGCUCGAUCUGCGCAGUCCCGACCCACGCCGUCGCGUUGGUGUUUGGGGACAGCCCAUGUCGUGUCGUUGAUCUGCGCAGUUCGACCGUCUACGCGUCUCACUUCGCCGGAUCUGCGCAGCCCCAACAUCGACGACGUUCACCCCGGCGAGGAACCCCGUGUUUUGCGUGGAGGAGAAGGCAAGUCGUUCAACGCUCGUCGACGUUCGAAGUUAUGCGCAAAUCGGAAUCGCCAUCGUCCUUACAAACACCGAUUGGGUUUGUUUAUGGACCGAGAGAUGAUGAUCGAGCCAGUAAUGUGGUGCCAACCACGAGAUGCGGUCGGUGGACGACCUGAAGACCGAUGGACAUAACCAGGGGAUGCUCGCCAAGCGAGUACCUCCCCUAGCAAACACUAUCUAAGUGUUAAAUUAAAGUCAAGCCCCAGUUUAUUGCAUAACCUGUUAUUUAUGCUAUUUUACUACACUUAUUGAUUGUAGGAUUUAAUGUGCACUUAAGUGUAGGAGUUGUUUGAAACCCUAGUUGCAUGAUCUCAGGAAUCCUAUUGAGAUGAAUACUAGUAUGCUAGGUCGAGUAGCUGCUUUACUAAUUAGGGAUCUCGGUAGAAGUUGAGUGAUUUUUCUAGCACUCGCGCGAGGUCAGGACAUUGAUUGUACCCAUUUUCAUAUCAUACUGAUGUUGGUUUGUGGGCAACAAUCCAUGGGGAUUGGUUGUCUAUGGGGUAAAAA